AUGGCUGGAAUGGCUCCUUCCCGAUCAAGCAGCGGGGCUGCCGGGUCGGCAACCCCGGGCAAGUCAGACGUGGCCUCGUUGGACGACUGGCUCCAGAGGCAGCGCAGCCUGUUGGCAAUGGAGCAGAAAGCUGAGGCCGAGGCAGUGGAGCCCUUGCGUCGGGAUAACAUCAAGCGACUCGAGGCAGCCGGUCUCGUCGUGCGUCGUUUAGCAAUGGAGGAUGGGCGCACUGGCAUGAAUGGCCGCUUCAUUGUGCGCUUUGGGCGCAGCGCUGCUGCCACUACCCCGGAUGAUCGUCCCGGCGAUCUGACAGCCGUGGCUCGAUCCAACGAGCCGGAGAAAACGCUUGCCACGGGCGUCGUGACCGCUGUUGAUGGGCGCACGAUUCGCGUGGCAUUUGAAGCAGACACAGAUGAUGAUGGUUUUGCUGAUGUUCAAACGGCAAACAAUUUGCUUCUUUACAAGCUCUCCAACACAGUCACCUAUCGCCGUAUGAUGCUUACGCUGAAUCUGAUGACUGACCCAGAAUGGCCAGGGGCUCUCAACGCCACCCGCCUUUACAACAAAGAAAAUCUCCAGCAACUUACUCAAUCGGCGACACCCCGCCCCUCGGAUCCUGAGCUAUCAUUUGUCAACCCAGGCCUAAACGACUCGCAGCGUGCAGCCGUGCGCUUUGCACUUUUGAGCCAGGGCAUCUCUCUGAUCCACGGUCCACCCGGCACGGGCAAGACAACCACUGUGGUCGAGCUCAUCCAUCAAUGCGUGCGACAGGGGCUGAAGGUGCUCGUCGCAGCCCCCAGCAAUAUGGCGAUUGAUAACAUUGCUUUAAAAUUGGCCCAAACCAAGGUCCAAGAGCAUGCCCUGGAUGCCGUUCUCGAACGCAGUGACGUAGCUGAAGUCACACAAGGCAUUCGCGAGGACAUUACCCAAGCCGUCAAAGGACUGCAAAAAGGACCGCGUAGUGCACGGCGGGGCCAUGCUGCUGAGCUGAAAACUUUACGCAAGGAAUUGCGCGAAUACCAGCAUAAGGGAAUUACCCAGGUCCUUCGUGCCGCACAGGUGGUACUGGGCACCACAACCACCGUAUCAGCCAGCGGCUCCUUGAAGCAUUUGCCCAAAGAGCAUUUUGACGUGGUCAUCGUGGAUGAGGCGGGUCAAGCACUGGAGGUGGCAUGUUGGAGUGCGCUCAUACACGCGCGCAAGAUGGUUUUGGCUGGUGAUCACUGGCAGCUACCUCCAACAGUCACAUCAAAGGAGGCAGCCAAGCAAGGCCUGGCUUACACGCUCCUUGAACGUGUCCUAUCUGUCUGCGGCGGGGAAACAGUUUGCAUGCUCGAUACACAGUAUCGAAUGCACGCAUGCAUACAAGGCUGGUCAUCAUCGCAGUUUUACGAGUCUCGGUUGCGCGCUGAUGCCAGUGUCAUGGGCCACACUCUUGCCAUGCUGCCAAACGUGCAAGCCGAUGAGCUGACGGAGGUGCCGCUCCACUUUGUUGAUACAUCGGGUUGCAGUCUGUACGAGGCGGUGGGGGAAGAUGACCUGUCAAAAUACAACACGGCCGAAGCCGCCAUUGUGGUGCACCACGUGCAGCAGCUCGUGGAGCUGGGCGUUCCUCCUUCUGAGAUUGGCGUGAUUACGCCGUACAACAUGCAAGUGGAGACAAUCCGCGGUCGUCUCCGCGAGGCUGGCCUUUCCUCGGAAAUUGAGGUCCUCUCUGUGGAUGGUUUUCAGGGGCGCGAAAAGGAGGCCAUCUGCAUCUCCAUGGUGCGCUCCAAUCCAGACUGUAACAUUGGCUUUUUGAGUGACUUUCGACGAAUGAAUGUGGCUGUGACGCGCGCGCGGCGACACUGCUUCUUAGUCGGCGACAGCCGCACCAUUUCGGCCGAAACGCAUCUGGCUGCACUUACUGAUUACCUCUUUGAGUUUGCUUCCGUGUCCAGUGCACGCGAGUUUGCCGACUUGCCUGGUGUGGACAUAGUGCAUCAGAGCCAAAGCGCAGGUGUUAAGGCCCCCUCGGGUCGGCGUGACAGAAGCCAGAUUGAGGCAUCCCGUGGAGAUCCAGCAGCUGUGUCUGCCGCUGCAGCAGCGGCAGACGAGGCAUUUUUAGCCGACGUUUGGCCCAAGGUGGAGUCCUACUUGGGUCAACACGCGGUGUGGCAGGCAUCUACCAAGCUGUCGAGCUAUGAACGCCGCCUGCUUCACGUCGCCUGUGAACAGCAUGGGUUUGCCACGAUGAGCCGCGACGUGGGCAAGGUCGACCCCAAGACAGGCACCCGAGCCCAUCGUCAGCUUUUGAUCGCAAAGACCCAGGCGGCCCUGGAUCUCUUUUUGAACCCUGCUCCGCCCCCCAAGCUAGCCAGUGACGCGCAGCAAGCAACUUCAAUAGAGCAAGCGACGGCCAGCCCGAGUUUCGAGGACAGCGAGGAUUCCUUGAAUGAAUCCUCGGUGAGCUCCUCACCGUCGGUCAUCGACUCUGAUGCUACUCCAGCCCAGGUCAAGACGACUGCGCCGCAGACAGAUGCGGCCGUUGGCAGAACAAAUCCAGCCGCCAAAGAGGAUGAAGAUGAGCCGGAAACAGACGCUCAGCGGGUCUUGCGUGAGCGAGCUGAACGACUGGCUGCCCAGCGUGCGCGCACAGAGGAAAGCGCAAGCCUGCAUGCAGCUGGUGAAGGUCGGGCCGGCAACAAGGCCACAUCACGCCACACAGCUGCAAGCCAAAGCCAAAGCCAAGGCCAGGGCAAGGGUAAGAGCAAGAGCAAGAGCAAGAACAAGGGCCCCAAGGAAGCUCAGAGCAAGAACACGUCAGGCAAAAACACGUCAGGCCAUCGACUUGGAGGAUCAGGGCGGCCCGCAGCCCCGGCCACUGAGUUGGACGACCUCGUGGCGGCCAUUGAGGGUGAUGGCGAUGUGACCAGCGUUCAAAGACAACACAACCCUCGCACGCCAGCGCAACGAUACAUUGAAAAUGGUGUUUUGCGUGCUGCAUCGGGUCCUCAACGGUCAAGCACUGAACAGAAACGCCACUCUCAGCUAGCCAACAAACUUCAAAAGUCAAUUUCUGUCAAGCAAACGGAACGCGGCAAAAAGCCAGCAGCCAAGAAGUAAGCGCUACUUUCUGGGUCAGGUCAAGCUGCUACCCAUCAGCUUCUGCUCAUGGCUCAGCCGACCAAAGGCCACCGUAUUAAGGCCAACGUCGCAGCAAGCACACAAAAAUCAAAACGUGCAGU